AUGCGUUCAGACUUGGAUUUUCCUAUAGAAAAGCCAAAAUUAUUAAGACCCUCUGUUAAUGUUGUCCGUCACAAAGAAUAUGCAGAGGAAAAAAGAAAAGCUCAAUGUAACCUUAUUGCUAAAAUGUUGACAAUGAGUGACACUGAAUUAAUGACACUAUCAACUCGUGAAAUUCUAGAAUAUUCACAUAAUUCUAAUCCAGUACAAGUCGGUGAUGAAGGAUCAGAAAGCGGCUCGGAUAAUGAACUUCCAAGAAAUCUACAAGAAAGUGAUUCUGAUAACGAAGGAUCUGAGAGCAGUUCUGAUAAUGAAAGAUCCAAUUCGCAAGCCUCAAGAUCAAGAUCAGAAAGCGAUUCGGAUAGUGAAGGAUCAGAAAGCAGUUCUGAUAAUGAAGAAAGAUUGAUAUCACCAAGAAAGACACAAUUCCCAAGAAUAACCACAGGCUCGGAAAGAAGUUCACAAGACUACACACCACAAAAACUUCCAAAAAACUCCAAAAUCAACUUCACAACCAAACACCCCUAUCCAAAUCCAAAGGCCGGCUCUGCAAGCAUCAUUUAA